AUGGAUCUGCUGGGGGAAGACACAGAGGUGCCAGACACGUUCUCCAUCAAUGAAUCGUACGCACAGCGGUAUCAGCAUAACAAGCGCCGCAUGAAUUUAGAACAGUUGCAGCAAAAAUAUGGCGAGAAUGCAGAGCUUGAAGAUUCUGACUCGGAAUCGGAUGUCACUGAAGACGAGGAGGGCGACCAAUUGACACCGCAUGUUGAUGCUGCCAUCCUGCGGACUCUACAGCGCAUUCGGUCUAAGGACCCUAAUGUAUACAAAUCUUCGGAACAAAUAUACGACGAAGAGAUGCAGAAGAUGAAGCAUCGCAAGCUUCCCGAACCGGAGCGAAAGAGCAAGUCAAAACGCGUGACGCUGCAAGACUACCAACGCAGUCGUAUGCAAGAGGCGAUGGAGACGGAAGACGAUCCUGCGCGUGCAUUUGCAGAAGCUACUAUAAAAGAGGCACCCCAGGCACUCUCAAAGGGGCCGACCCAUGACGAUGAGCAAGAAGCGAUCCGCAAAGAGUUUUUGUCUGCGGCAGAAGAUGAGGCGAACACGGACUUGUUCCAAGUCCGCAAUGCGGAUGCCGAUGACGAAAAAGAUGCAUACAAACAAACGCUAAUGAACGCGUUGGGCGAGAGCGGCGAGGAUGAUAUUCGCAAAGCGCUGGGCGAUACAAUCUCAGGAACGGGAGACAUGGGCAUUUCUGCCGAAAACCAAGACUUUUUGCUAAACUAUGUUCUAAACCGAGGCUGGGUUGAUACCGACACAAAAGGAAAUGCGAACCGUCGUGAUUGGGAAGCGGAAGCUGCAGACUUGGAUUCAGAAGCAUCGUUCGAUUCUGCUGCAGACGCGUUCGAAGAGGCGUACAAUUUCCGUUUCGAGGAUCCAUCCCUAAUGCAGCAGAAUUUUUCUGUUCAGAGUUUUCCACGCCAGUCGGCCGACUCGAUGCGACGCACUGAUGACCGUCGCAAAGUAGCGCGCCAAGAACGUGCAGUGCGGAAGAAGGAAGAGAAGGAGGCCAGGAUGAAGGAGCUCGACCAGCUGAAGACACUCAAGCGCCAGUCGAUUGCCGACAAACUAAAACAAUUGCGCGAUAUAUUGGGCGAUAAUCAGAUGGAUGCCAACGCUUUUGAAAAUAUUGACUUUGAAAAGGACUUUGAUCCGGACGAGCACGACCGGCUGAUGCAAGCACAAUUCGGCGAUGAUUACUAUGGCACCGGCGAGACGGAGAAGCCCAUGUUUGACGAUAUUGAAGAAAUCGUUGCGGAGACGGAGCCGGAGAAGAAGAGCAAGAAUGAAAAGAAGAGGAAAAAGAGGGCACAGGAGAAUGAAGACGAUGGCAUGGACGCCGACUUUAUCGACGGUCAAGCGGAGGGGAAACUCUCAAAACAGGACCGUAAGCGGCUGAAGAAGCAAGAAAAGAAGGCGCGUAGCAAGACAGAGGCACAUGAUGACCAGGCUGUGGAUAUCGAAGACAUGGACGCCGACAAGACUGACGCCACUACGGACGAGAAAGAACGCAACCGUCGUGCAAAGGAACUCAUGGAUGAGUACUAUGGGUUGGGAUACGAAGAUAUUAUUGGCGACGUACCGACUCGAUUUAAGUAUGCGAAUGUUCCCAAGGACACGUUCGGCCUCUCACCCGUAGAGAUCCUUCUUGCGGACGACAAGGAAUUGAACAAUCUGAUCGGUAUGAAACGGCUGCAGCCUUUCCGUCGUGGCUCUUCGCACCCGAGUAAUCUCAAAAGUCGCCUGAAACGUUUCCGUGAAGACCUUGAGACGCGCACGGGAGAAGCGAGGCCCAAGCCAAAACGUAUUGGGAAAAAAGAGCGUCAGAAGAUAAAGGCACAACACACAGCCGUUGGUGAAUCCGAAGACUAG